AUGAAGCGUCAGUUCUUAUCGCUCAAGCAGGGUACUCGUUCUGUUGAUGAGUACGAAAGGGAGUUUACUAGACUUACAACUUUUGUUCCGGACUUGGUACGUACGGAGGCACAGAGGGCACAACACUUCAUUGAUGGGCUUUAUCCAGCAGUCCGUCACAACAUAGUAGGUCACGGGACCCAGACCUAUGCUCGUGCUGUUUCGAUUGCCCAGGAGGUGGACGCCAGCAUCCGGAGGGAGGCAAGCCGCGAUCGUUCUCAACCAUCCGCCCUCGCCCAGUCAUCCACAGCUCCAUCAGUCCCACCAGCUGCCCAGCCAAUGAAUGAGAAGAAGAGGAAAGGGAAGGGCGCCCAGACCGGCAGGAGGACCCGCCAGAGGCAACAGCAGGUUCCACCGUGCCCCACUUGCGGACGACUUCACCGCGGAGAGUGUCGCUUUGGUCAGGAUAUAUGUUACUACUGUCACGAGCCCGAACACUUUACUAACCGCU